AUGAAGCACGCGGUAAUAGCGGCAUGGCGUGUGCUGGUGGCAGGACCCGGUCAAUUGUGUCAUUUAUCGGGGUUCAGCUGCAGACAAUUUAUGACGGAGGACGGAACCGAAUUUGGUGAACACAAAAGUCUCACGAAGGAGGCGUCUCUGUACAUUCACUGGCCUUACUGCCUAAAACGAUGCUCCUACUGCAACUUCAACAAGUACAUCCCCAAAGGUGACAAUAACCACAUAGUGAGCCAAUGUCUUCAGCAGGAAGUAGAGUCGCUGCUGCAGCUCAGUCAGGUGUCCUGCGUCACCUCUGUCUUUUUUGGCGGCGGUACUCCGAGCCUGGCGCACCCAGCCACUGUUUCAGCCAUCUUGGAAGCGGUUUCCAGGCGGACCAGUCUGGCUGACCAGGCUGAAGUCUCACUUGAAGUAAAUCCCACUUCUGAGGGGAUGGCAAAAUUGAAGGAUUUUAGCCAUGCUGGGGUUAACCGUUUCUCGAUAGGGGUCCAGUCUCUUCUGGAUGAUGACUUAACCAGGCUGGGCCGCGAUCACAGCGCUCACCAGGCCCUACAAACCGUCGAGGAAGCUCGCAAAUUGUGCCCUGGGAAGGUGUCUGUGGACAUCAUGUUUGGGCGGCCAGGGCAAAGCGCAGUGCUGUGGGAGGCGGAGCUGGCGGAACUGUUGCGAGCCUGUGAUGACCAUGUGUCUCUUUACCAGCUAACACCCGAACGUGGCACCUUGCUGUUUAAACAGAUACAUAGCGGCGAGGUGACACUGCCCGGCGACCACGAUAUGGCCGAGAUGUAUGAAAAUGCUAGAAGGAUGCUGCACCAGCACGGGUUUGAGCAGUAUGAAGUGUCGAACUUUGCCAGAAAUAGUGCAGUGAGCUAUCACAACAUGAGCUACUGGAGAGGAAGACAGUACAUAGGUGUUGGUCCAGGAGCGCACGGGCGCUUCGUUCCUCUCGGUGAAGGAGGUACACAUCGUGAGGCCCGCACACAGACACUGGAGCCCGAUGUGUGGAUCCGUGAGGUCCGGCAAUACGGACACGGUACUCGCAGGAAGAUUCAGCUAGGCCGUCUAGAACUAUUGGAGGAGGUGUUGGUGAUGGGGCUGAGGAUGGCAGAAGGCAUCACUCACAAGCACUGGCAGCUGUUCAGUCCACAGCUGGGACUCAGUGACAUCUUCGGUUUAUCUACUGACGUCCGAGAAUUCCUCCGCCAUGGCCAGCUGACCCUUGAUGACGGAGGACUGUGUUGCUCCCGGGACGGUCUGGCAUUAUUGGACGGCAUGCUGCCAGAUCUGCUGCUAGAACUGGAAAGAAAAAUCCGUCCGAGAGUUCCAAGAGGGCCACCUGCCAAUUCAUGA